GAAACUUCAGUUUCAAGCAGAUGUAAGUGAGUCUCCGCCUCCAAGAUCGACACUGCUGGGUUACUUUGAGGAGUUCUCUUCUGCCUAAUACCAGAUUGGAAGAUUACGAGUAUCAAGAUGGAAUGGGUGACACAUAUCCUACUGCUUAUACUGAUCUCACUGUGUGGUCAAAGCAAAGGCUCUGGGCACACCGAAGAGCUCAGACUCAUUCUGAUCGGAAAAACCGGAGCAGGAAAGAGUGCGACAGGAAACACCAUCCUUGGCAGCAAAAUAUUUAAAGAGGACAUUUCACCUCAGUCUGUGACAGCACAAUGUCAGAGAGGGCAGGUUGUAAUGGGCAAUAGAAAGAUUUUUGUUGUUGACACCCCGGGGCUCUUUGACACAAACAAGACACAGGAGGAGGUGAAAAACGUAAUAGAGGGCUGUGUUAACAUGUCAGUUCCGGGACUGCAUGCAUUCCUGCUGGUGGUGAAUGUGAAGGCGCGGUUCACAGAGGAGGAGAAGAAGGCUGUUAAGUGGACGCUGGAUAACUUCGGCAACGAUACCAUAUUGUAUAGCGUGGUUGUGUUCACCCACGGAGACCUGCUGGGAAGCAAAUCCAUCAGGGAAUAUACACGUGAAAGCAAGGACAUAUUGAGACUGAUCAACAGUUGUGGCGGAAGGUAUCAUUCACUCAUCAAUCACCCCAAAACCAGUCGCAGCAAAGUUACAGAACUUCUCGAGAUGAUAGACGAGAUGGUGGAGGACAAUGGAGGAAAGUACUACACGAAUGAUAUGUACCAGAAAGCACAGAAGAAGCUUGAAGAAGAAAAGCGAAAGAGGAGGGAAGAGGAACAGCAAAAGAGGAAGGAAUGGGAGGAAAAGGUUAGAGAUGACGAAAGAAGGAAGAUGGAAGAGGAAGAGCAAAAGAGGAAAGAGGAGGAAAAGGCUAGAUAUGCUGAGAGCAUGCGUUCUAAGUGUAAAAUCGCAAGUAUGAUUGGUACGGGAAUACUUGGUACGGGAGCAUUUUUAUCCUCAAACAUGGUCAUGGGUUUGGGUACAUUAAUUGCACUCACCCAAGGUUAUGAAUGCUUAAACUGGUGGUCAGAACAAUCAUCUGGGAGUGAAUAAUAAUAAUAAUAAUAAUAAUAAUAAUAAUAAUAAUACUUAUUUCAUUUGCCCAAGAACAAAUGAAACAAAAAUGGAAAGGGAAACAAAUGCAUAGGCGAUACCCAAAAAGAGUAGCUGAGAAAGAUGUAGACCAACAUAUGACAAAUGGCUCAAAACAGCUGGGCUGAAAUCCAAAACAGAGGGCUUUAUCAUUGCUGCCCAAGACCAAGUCAUCAAGACCAAUUACUACCAGAGCAAAAUCCUCAAAGAUGGCACAGACCCAGCGUGCAGGAUAUGUGGUCAAUUCCAGGAAACCAUUGACCAUAUCGUGGCAGGGUGCCCUGACUUGGCCAAAACUGAAUCCCUACAAAGACACAACAAGGCCGCCACAUACCUGCACUGGAACAUCUGCAAAGAAUUCAACAUCAACACAAAAGAAAAAUGGCGCGAGCACGAGCCCCAAACAGUAACAGAAAAAGACGACAUCACAAUCUUAUGGGACAUGCCAAUACAGACAGAUCGGGAGAUAAAGGCCAACAGAACAGACAUCAUCAUCAAGAACAAAAAAGAAAAAAGCUGCCUACUCAUCGACAUGUCCAUCCCGACUGAAAGGAGCACCUCAGUAAAAGUAACUGAUAAACUGUCAAAAUGUAAAGACCUUGAAAUAGAGAUUGAACGAAUUUUGGGAACAAAAACCACAACAAUACCAGUAGCGAUAGGAGCCCUGGGACUUGUAAAAAAAAAAAAGGGAUGGAGAAAUACACCCAACGGAUCCCGGGUAACAUUAGAAUACAAGAACUACAGAAGAUCACACUACUUGGAACAUCUCAUAUCCUAAGAAAGGCACAAUCCAUCACAUAGACUUCCACCUCAUUCUAACCCUAGGCCCAAGGAAUGGGCCUGGUCAUUGUGUUGUAUUAUGGCAUGAAGUUAAAGGAAAUUUGUAUAAUAAUAAGAAUAAUAACAAUAAUACGGUGUAGAUGUCCUUCCUACUGUAACCACUUCCUUCAUGACAGCUGUAAUAAGUCUAAUUUGUUGGGAUAAUAAUGAAUGUGAUUACUUGUUUAUAAUACACUGAGAUAUACUGUGUCUUAAACUCAGCUUUGUUGUAUCUCUGCAGAAACUUUGAUAACGGUGGUUUGGGUAGUGUCUACUACACUGAACAAAAUGUCAGGGUUACAGUCUUUUUUUUUCUUGCCUGGUUUGUUUUCUGUGCGAGCUGGUAUAAAAGGAGCAGCUUUUGUAGUUUUAGGCUUCAUACAUGCCCAAAUCAGGUGGAAAUGUUCCUUCCAUAACCAAUUCCUUAAUGAUGGCUAUCUAUUAUUUUUGUUAUAAUGAUUUUUAUUUCUUUCAAAAUAUGAUUCAUGAUAUAUUUGAGAUAUGUUGUGUCUUCAAAUCAAUUUUACUCCAUCUGUCUGUGCAAAAACUUUGGUCAAUAGUGUAAUGUUUCUUAUUAUAAAUGAAGAAGUUUGGAUUCAACAAUUACAACUACUUAUUAAAGUACUGUGACAACUCAGCUAAAAUGUG